CAGAUAAAUUGACAUUUCCAGAUUUCCUAGUAAAUUGACAAGGGUAUUCUUCGGGACAUUACCACAUUACCUCCACCAGACUCUCGAUGACCAGGGUAUUUCUUUUCCCAUCUCACAUCAUCCCACAUCAUCCCGACGAAUCGGGUCCGGGCUCGGAAAAAGUCAAGAAAGAGUCAAAAGAGUCAUCACAUCAAUUCAUUUUUUGAUUUUUAUUUACAUAUAAUAUAGACUCUUGUUGAUACCCUUUUCUACUUUAUUCCAUAUUCCUCAUACUUCUUUUCAAAAUGUCUACAUUUGGUCAAUAUUUCAAAGUUACUACUUACGGAGAGUCGCAUUGUCGCUCUGUAGGAUGUAUAGUCGAUGGAGUUCCACCAGGAAUGGAGCUCACAGAAGCAGAUAUCCAACCCCAAAUGACUCGUCGUCGUCCAGGUCAAUCCGCCCUUACCACUCCCCGCGAUGAAAAAGAUAAAGUCGAGAUCCAAUCUGGAACAGAAUUUGGAAUUACCCUUGGCACACCGAUUGGAAUGAUUGUUCGUAAUCAAGAUCAACGACCACACGAUUAUGGAAACAAAACAAUGGACCUUUACCCUCGCCCUUCUCAUGCGGAUUGGACAUACCUCGAGAAGUACGGUGUCAAGGCUAGCAGUGGUGGUGGAAGAAGUAGCGCAAGAGAAACAAUUGGUAGAGUUGCAGCAAGUGCAAUUGCUGAGAAAUAUCUAAGGCUCGCACACGGAAUUGAAAUUGUCGCAUUCGUCUCUUCCGUCGGCAGUACCCACAUGUUCCCUCCAACCGUCGAACACCCAAGUCCCUCCACAAACCCCGCUUUCCUUUCAUUGAUACAAGACGUAACACGUGAACGUGUUGACGAAUUCGUCCCAGUCCGCUGCCCUGACGCCAAAGCAUCCGAGAAAAUGGCCGAAAUUAUCGCAGAAUACAGAGAUAAACAAGAUAGCAUUGGAGGAACUGUUACUUGCGUAAUCCGUAAUGUUCCUUCUGGCCUUGGUGAACCUUGUUUCGAUAAAAUGGAAGCAAUGCUCGCCCAUGCUAUGCUCAGUAUCCCAGCCUCGAAAGGUUUCGAAAUCGGAUCCGGAUUCGGUGGCUGUGAAGUCCCAGGUUCCAAACACAAUGAUCCAUUUAUUCUUGCUACUGAAGUACCACCUCUCGAGACUGGUGCAUCAAAGAAUGGAAUUCCUCGUCCUAAGUUAACAACUAAGACCAACAAUUCUGCUGGUAUUCAAGGAGGUAUCACAAAUGGUGCACCCAUAUAUUUCCGUGUAGCUUUCAAACCAGCAGCCACCAUUGGUCAAGCCCAACAAACUGCCACUUAUGACGGCAGUGGUUCCGGUAUUCUCGAAGCCAAGGGUCGUCAUGAUCCAUGCGUUGUUCCUCGUGCAGUACCUAUUGUAGAGGCAAUGGCAGCUCUCACAGUCAUCGAUGCAUUAAUGGCACAACAAGCCCGUCAAACCUCAAGGAGUCUGUUACCACCUCUCAAAAAUAUCGUACCUGCGAAAUACACACUAGUAGGGGGUGAGGCUGCAAAGGAGAAGAUGGAAAUACAGGAUAAGGGAGUUGCAGGUGGUAUUGAUGGGGAGGUUUUGAAUGGAUCAAAUUAACUCACGCUUUUAUGUGUAAAUUGUAAAUAGUUUUGGGGUAGAAUAAAAGCGUUAAACAGGCCAGUUCCAUGAAAUUCGGCGUUAUGUCCUCUGAUCAUUUAAACAUCGAAAGACGAUGACAAUAUAAAUUUGAAUUUCCACUCUCAUUACCUCCUACCGAUGCAUGAAAUUACUUGUAAUCUGAAUUUUCUCAAAUGGAU